AACAAUAGCCCUUGGGUGGUUCGUCAGACUAUUAUUGUAGGUGUUUCUAUGCUAAUUAUGUGUGACUGAGAGCAUGUCAAAAGCAGUUACUGGAAAUAAUGUGGGGAGCUGGAAAUUGUGAGGUGGAAUUACUUUGCUUGCAAUAAAAAAAAAAAAAAGUACAGUGUUGAGUUUCAACAGUGGCUUUGUCUGACCACUGCUAAACAAAUGAGUACAACCUAUGAUCUAAAACGCUGUGCCAAAGCCACUGGAUCAAUUUUAUUACUUCAUUGUUGCAAAACAAGAUAAGGAACACAUCAUCAUCAUUAGUAUCAUCAUCAUCAUCAGAGAGAGGGGGGUGAGGGGGGGGGGGGGUGUCAGCAUCAUGACCUCCACCUCUGGCUGUGCGCUUUAAAGAGACCUCGUUGGCUGACAGCAGUAUACGUCAGCACCUCUCACCCACUCCACUAUAACCCCCCCCCCAAGCCUCUGGUGGUCACACAGACGCAAGUGUAAAAGUAGCAGCUCCAACUGUUGCCCGGACUAACCCAUUCAGCAUCCACGUCCCACACAGUCUGACACACGGAGGAGUGAGACUGUUCACCGAGCAAGAAGCUGGAAGUGAGAGGAGAGGUGGAACAUUUACGCACAGCCUUUUUUAGUCCGGAUUUUUUUCUUUUUUUUUUUGGUGCGUCUUUAAAGUCCACAUUGGAUAGUUUUAGACGUUUUUCUGAACCACUUUCCUCUUGGAUUUUGCUCUUGUAAUUAUUUCAGCACCUAAACUGCAUCUCCGACAAUGUUUUCCUCGCACCUGCUCCUGUUGCUGUUAAACUGUAUCCUGGGUGUUGCAUCGGUCAGGAGCAUGAAAAGGGGCUCUGGGAGCGCACAGGACAGUAGCUUCUUCCAGUCGUCGUCGGACCCCUUCUCAGAUGACCUGGACCAGGACAUGGUCUCCCAGCACAUGUCCAAACUGUACGAGAAAUACAACCAGGAAAACCGCCUUAGAGAGGGGAACACUGUCCGGAGUUAUAGAGCCAGCCAAGACUCCUCCGACCACAGGCUGGUGUACCAACUAAACCUUACAACCCUGCAGGACUCAGAGGUCAUCCUCUCUGCCACAUUCCACUUCCUGCUAGAUCGGCGCCCUCAUCAAAAACCCUGGUUCUGUAAACGCUUCAAGAGCCCGUUCUGUCGUUCCUCACCCAUCCACCCUUCUCCGUCCAUCAGCCUGCUCCUUCGCUCUGUCUCCUCGGGGUCAGGGGUCAGCUCUGGGUCAAUGGGGUCAUUCCUGGGCAAUGUGACCUUCCACCCCCACAGGAGAGGGGUGUGGCAGAUGAAAGAUGUGACCCAGGUCAUAAAGGAGGCGCGGGACAAGGGUCAUCUCCUCGUGUCAGUGGAGUUGGACUUAGGGCAGCAGUACCAGAGGAAACCAGAGGAGGUGCUGUCUGCAGGCAGCCUCCCCUACCUGUUACUCUAUGCUAAUGACCGUGCCUUGGCAGAGCCCAACAGCGUGGCUACAAGCCUUCAGAGGUAUGACCCGUUCCCCGAGGGAGGAGAGCCCUCACAUUCCUCACAGUCCUCUCUACUCCUGCACAGACCUAAUUCCUCACCAGAGUUGAAAGGACGCGUGAGAAGGGAUUCAGCUCUCCCUUCUGACCCCAUUCAGAACAACGAGCUGCCCGAGGUGGACUACAGGCCUGAUGGAUACAGGAAGGAUGACCUCUGGGAGAGCACUUGGUACCUGGCACUCAAACCAAAGCUUAAAUCAGGAAAGAAGGAGAAGAAGAGAAAAAGCCAGGAGGAAGAAGUAGUGGAGCAAGGUAGAGGAGCAAAUGAUAGAGAAGAACCUGAGGUUCUCAAAGAAGCAGAAAGAACAUCAGAGGGGCUCAAAUCUGAUGACUCAACUGUGAAAAGAUUGAAAGACAGUCGCACACUGGCAGUGGACGGACGAAGGUAUGAGCGGAGACAUGAGGGGAGGGAUGGUAAAAAGCAUAAGGGCAGCGCUACUCCUCAGUCGCCUGUUCUGAGCUUUGAUGAACAAACAAUGCGUAAAGCCCGAAGGAGGCAGUGGGGAGACACCCAGCAGAGAGGCUGCUCCAGGAGGAACCUCAGAGUGGAUUUUGCAGACAUUGGCUGGAGCGAGUGGGUCAUAGCACCCAAGGCCUUUGAUGCUUACUACUGUGCUGGCACAUGUGGAUUUCCCAUGCCUAAGGUGUCGAGGCCCUCUAACCAUGCCACCAUCCAAAGCAUAGUCCGAGCCGUUGGGAUCAUCCCCGGGGUUCCUGAGCCCUGUUGUGUUCCAGAGAGGAUGAGUCCUCUGGCAGUGCUCUACCAGGAUGAAUCCAGGAACCCAGUGCUCAAGAUUUACCCUAAUAUGUCCGUCCAGUCCUGCUCCUGCAGAUAAGAAGGGGAGGGCAGCAGAGGCAGAGGACAAGGAUGGAUGUGGAGAGAAACAUAAAAACAGGACUAACAGAGACAGAAGUAUACCUCUGUUUGUUACGUGGUUUCUUGAUACUGAGAAACAGAGUCACUUUGGCCGUUGCUAUUCCUGAAGGAACAUGGGCUGUAGAGAAAUCACUUCCAUCUCUUCUGUCCUGCGGCAGCAGACUUGAAGAGACAUUGUCUGGCAUCUGCCUUAGCAAGAGGAACAGAGUCACACAUGUAAAGUCAGCUCCACAUGUCUCAGAGGCCCAGUUGUUUUGAUUCAGUGUUUGAGGGAUUCAGUGGACAGGCACAUUUAAGGGAUGUUUUCCUUUUAUCUCAGAGUGUACUUGUUUUCGCUCACAGUGGAUUUGUGUUCACAUUUUCUGUGGACACCAAAGGCAACAAAUGAAAGACUUUAUCAGUGUGUCAUGGGGCAGCUGACAUAGUAAAAUACAGAUGACAGAGAUUAUAAAACAUAUUUCCACAUUUUUUUUACAUGCUGUGUACAGCUGUUCUUGCUUUGAAGCUAACCAUACGCCACAGUGUACAUACAUGCAAUGUUGAUUUGUUUGCAAGACAGAAACCUUAUUGUACAUUCUUGCUCUGUAUAUCUUUAAAAAAGGAAGUAUCCAAUGAGUUGUAGGGAGCAUCUGGAUUUCAUUUACACCCACGACCCCCCUCAUAACACCUCAAGAAUGUUAUAAUGAAACCAGAAAUAUUUUUUUAUUUUGAAUGUGAAACUUAGUUGAAAUUAAUUUGUCAUGGUUACUAGGCUAUGUAUUACUAUAUUUUAGAUGAGAUGGUAUUUUGUACAUGUGUAUUGUUUAAAUUAUGAAAAAGUAGCUGUCUAUAAGUUAGAAUAAAAAAGUAAUUUAAUCCAAUACUAGAAUAUUAUUGGUUCAUACUGUCUCUGUUAUUCUUGGUCAUUACUGCAUAUAACACUAGAUUCUUGGAGUGUGGGGUGGGGGGCAUUUUUGUCAAAACAAACCUAAAAGGGCACCACUGUUCCAAAAUAACUUCAGUACAAAGGCAGGAAGGUUCCACUCAAAGAUAACCAACAUUCCCCUAAAGCCCCUUGACCCGUUAUUACCCCCACACCAAAGGCUCGGACGUCUGUUGUCCAGCAAAUAAUGUGGCCGCCGUGGAUUAAUGGUUGAUGGAGAAGGCAGGCACGCACCAAUUAGGACGUCAGCCACUUGAACUUCAAAACAUGCUGCGCUUCCCCCUUUUUUACCCAUCUGCCCCCGCCAACCCAUUUAUUUCUAAGUGCAGGAUGUUCUCCUCAAAGGACUAUUUUUC